AUGGCGCUGUCGGUUGCCUGCGCGUCUCGACUUGUGCUUGCCGACAUUGCCUCUUGUCUCAAACGACCGCCGACAAGUCUCCCUCCAACAUGCGCUUUGGAGUCUACGUUCCGACCGACGGCCAGCGCCUGGUCCGCGGACGGGACAUCUCUCUAUCUGGCUUCGGCGCAUUCCAUUGCCCGCUACGACGCGUCGGGCGCAUUCGUGAAGACGGUGUACGAUGAACCCGAGUGCGAGGACAUACGGGCCAUAGUCGUCUCCAAAGACAAGGGCACAAUAAUAUUCGCCGCCGGCACUGGUGUUCACUUCCUCGAACACUCAGCAUCAGCCGCGUCCACAUCAAGGAUCGUCCACUCGCUCCCGCCACACCCGGAUUCAGAGCCCAUCAUCGCGCUGUCACUGUCCAAUGACAAUACACUUCUUGCCGUAUCCUCACCUUACGCGGUUAUUGUGCACAACCUGUCGCUUGGCUCGCAGACACUCCUUCGGGGCUUGCCCUCAGAUUCUGCUGUGACGACCUGCGCCUUCCACCCCCACUCCCGAGUGCGCCUCUUCUUGGGAAUAGCGCGCCAGCUGGUCGUCUACGAUAUAACUCGCCCUCUUGGACCCUCCCGCAUCAUUCCUAUGAGCGACUCGGCCGUCGGCGACAUUGUGGCGCUCUCCUGCAGUCCAUUCAGCAAGACGUUACUGGCCGUAGCUUGCGCGGGGGGUCAUGUUGCGUUGAUAGAUCUUGACAAGGACAAGGGCCGGAUACGCUCCUACAACUACGGCACAGCCCUCACAAGUCUUAUAUUCUCUCCUGACGGCGCUACCCUCUAUGCUGGCACAGAGAGCGGGACGCUACUCGUUCAGUCGUUGCGAGUCGUUGAGCCUCCCAAAACGGUCGAUUUGGGUGACAGGGUUCAAUGUCUGGGCGUCACAAAGAAGUUGAAGUUAUCCGGUGACUUAUCAUUGCGCACAUCACUCGGUAGUACCACUUCUACCAGACCGACCCCGCACGACACUUCGAAGAAAGAGAUGGAUGGCGAGUUCAGAUUCCCUACUGCAUUGCACAGGUCAACGGCGUUACUGGACGAUGUGCGCCCGGAAGGGAAGUCGGCGUUGCCGAAUGGAACCCCAGUUCGCGCUCGCGUCACCUCCGAGUCCGUAGUGGGACGCAAGAAGGCAUUUGAGACCGCUCGCAGUCUCUUCGCCAGUGUAUCUGGGGAGUCGCGCUUCAAUGGCCCUUCAACGCCCGCAAUGCGUAAAGCAUCAACUACAGCGCAAAAUGGUAUCCCUGAUGAGAGCAAGACCGCGGGUCCCAGUUUCCGUUCACCCUUGUCAAUCAAGCAUUCAGCUCGUGCAUCCUCUAUCGCAAGUCCACGCCCACCGGCUUCUGUGGUUGGCUCCAAACCGAUCACCGCAAGAGCGCGCACUAUGUCAACUCUAUCAACUACUGCUAGAAGUACGAUCGCAUCACCGACUGCGACUACUACGACCCGGACACCUCCGAACAUUCGCGUACGCAAAGUCUCGUCAUCGGCCAGCACAUCCACUCCCGGUACCGCGCGUAGCCCUCCCCCUCGCGGGCCAACAGGGCCCCCUCCAGCGCGUACUCGGACGCUGUCCACCGUCUCCCGUCCCGCCACUACUGCUCCCACUUCGCGGGCCACGUCAAGCGGCGGUACGAGUCCGCGAGCUACUACAACCCGUCCCACGUCGGUGAACACAACGCCGCGUGAGCGCUCGCCGGUACCACCUGUCCCAAACUUGCCCCAUAUGGGCAAAGCGCGAAUGAGUCCCGAGCUCGUGCGCACGUUAUCUCAAGCAAGCACAGAUUUGCUGCGUACCCCUUCACAAACGGGCGCCGAACUUCUGCGAACACCGUCGCCCGGGCUAAUGGACGAGCUACCGCCUUUCCCGGUUAGCGUGCAGAAUACGCCACAGAGGAAGGGGCUAUCCAUGCUUGGUAUGGCUACGCCGGAGGUCGAGAGGUGGAUACAGGAUGGGAACUGGAAGGGCAAAGGGAAGGCGAUCGGACCCGUCCAGGUGCAGAAUAAUGUUGAGGGGGAUCAACCAGAGGUUGAACCACAGGCGGCGGACGCUACGGCGGAGUGCGCCGGUCAAGGGGAUCCAAUUCAGGCCCACGACGAUCCUCAAGCUUCGAUAGAUGAUGCCGUACCCGUGGCGCUCACCGUGCCACAAGUUGGAUCGAGUCCGCGCGAGCGGCCGUUAUCCAUGCAACUAACGCCUCGGCGGCGGAAGAGUGGAACCUGGGCGCCGUCACCUCUGCGUAAUAGCGUCGCGGAUGGCUCGCCCAGUCGUGAUCGAAGCGGGAAUGUACAGAACAUGCUUCACGCUCUAGUCAAGGACGCAAUGCUCGAUUUCCGGCUAGAAAAUAAGGCGCAGAUGGCCGGAUUGCACCUCGACCUCAUUCGCCUGGGUAGUACGUGGAGACAAGAGAUGCGCGACUCCCUCCAGGAGUACAUGGGUGACCUGCACGAUCUUCGGGAGGAGAAUAAGAGGCUGCGUGAGGAGAACGAGCGAUUACGGAGAGGUUACUGA